ACCCUGGUGGGUUGAGGAGGCUUAUGUUUGCUGUUCUUACACAGAGGGGUUAGUUUAUUAUUUUUAUUAAUUAAUAAUUGAACCAGUUUAGCAGAAGAGUUCAAAGGUAAAGUGAAAGGGGUUGUUUUUUUCUUGUCCCGUUGUGCAUGAAAAAACCGUAAAUGGGCGUGGCUGCCGCGCAACAACAACACAACAAAAACAAGGGCUCUGCUUCCGGUUUCUGGAUGUAGCUGUCAGACUCCAGCAUCUUUUCUUUUUUUUUAACGAGGAACCGCCUCAUCAGCAGGUCAGUGGCUUCAUCUGGCUGUUGUCGGUUAAUACCAGUCACUUUUUUUUGUGCCAAAUGUAGAGAAGAACCGGCCGGCGCUCACAGUGCAGCCCCCCGGUGCCGUACAGCAGUUAGCUAGCGACUUCGAAGUUCCCGUUAGCUCGAACCGCGCCGAGCGGUUGCCCCCCCGUCACGUGAGCCAACCAGCAGCUUGCAGCCGUUACCCGGUGUUCACUCCCGUCGCCGUCGCCUUCCCUCCGUGUGUCUCCUGUGCGUGAAGCGAGCAUUAGCAUGAGCGAAGGAGACGUGUUUCACGAGAAGCAACGACUGGAGCUGUGCGCCAUCCACGCGCUCAACAACGUGCUCCAGGAGCGGGUGUUCACCAAGGAGACGGCCGACGACAUCUGCAAACGGUUGGCUCCACAGUGUGUGGUGAAUCCUCAUCGGUCAGUUUUGGGCACGGGAAACUAUGACGUCAACGUCAUCAUGUCAGCGCUACAGAGCAGGGAACUGGCCGCAGUGUGGUGGGACAAACGCAGGACGGUAGAGAGCCUGUGCAUGUCAAAGGUCCAUGGCUUUAUUCUUAAUGUCCCAUCGCGAGUAUCACUCGGGAUCGUGUCCCUCCCACUCCGACGGCGGCACUGGCUCGCAGUUCGGCAAGUUAAUGGUCAAUACUACAACCUUGACUCCAAACUGAAGAGUCCCCUCUGUAUCGGAGGAGAGGCAGAGCUACGCUCAUUUCUCAGCGAACAGCUUUCUCAGGACGUGGCAGAGAUGCUCCUGGUUGUCCAGCGAGAGGUGGAGGAAGACAGUUCAUGGCUGAACUCUGACAACCUCAAAAAAUGAUGCCUUGGGAGAGGACAUGGACACGCCUCAUUACACAAAAUCUCUUCAGGGAACGCACUAAAACACAUCUACAAACAUACACAUAGAGGAAACUCCAAAGAGAAGCAGAGACGGACGUUCACCCUGGAAAUGAAGAACUGUUUUGAUUGUGUUCACACACACUGUCCUGAUCUCAGUACAUUUGUUUUAGAAGCUAAGAGUUUUACAGGUUUGAAGCUAAUUUGAUGAUACUUGAGUUGAGACACAUACUGUACGGCUGAACUUUCACUGUUUUGUGGUAGAAAAAUUGCAGACAGCAUUUUUGCAUGAACAUCUGCAUUUGCAGUAGAGAUAACUGGACUAUGAAACAUGAAGAGAAAAACCAUUGGAUUGAAUUUGCCACGUUAGAUAUCGUCGCCUAAAUUAGAUCAGUAUGUACAAGACUGUAAAGUCAAAACGUGUCAGUUAUCGAGUGGCACCAUCUCUUCCCUUGACCUUUGUUGUAAACUUUCUAUGCACUACAGAGUUAGAUUUGUUAGCACUGUUCGUCACUGUGUGUGUGUGUUCAUACAGGCACAUGCUCUGUGAUAGUAUCGCCUGGUGAGGCAUUGAAGGACCACACCAGUGUCUUUGCAUGUUUUCAACAAUUAACCACAAAUUAAUCGCAAUUUCAGACAGGGUUCACAACAUGAUGCAGUUUCUCGGAUGUUGGAAUAUGUUUGUUUUGUAUGAUCCUGCUGGCUCGCCUUCCCCCCUUUAUUUAGCUUCAGUGUAUACGAUGAACACCGUGCCUCUUAUUUUUGUUCAAGUUGGGUUGUAGUGCGAUGAGACAAAAAUGAAAGUAGACAUGAUGUUCAUUGUGAUGCAACCAGGUCUCACGAAUCUUCAGGUUGAUACUGCCACGUGUUGAAUGUUAGUAAGAUCACUUACACUUUUCUUACUGUAAAAGGAAACCAUGUAGGAACUUAAAGUUCACUUCCUGAUUAGUUGUAAGUUGAUGAGUUGAACAUGCAAAAACACUGGUACUGUGACUGUAUGUUGCCUUUGUGUUUGUAUUCUGUCUCUCUUAUUGAUCUAUGCAUAUCCAAAAAGAAUAGGAGCACUGUCUCCUUCUCACUAGUGACUGACUCACACGUACGUAAGCCUAAGCUCAGAGGUUCAUGAUAUUGAAACUUAUUUAUAUUAAACUUUGACCUCCUCUUUUGAGUAUGAAUCUGUUA